CGCACACACUCAGCGUCUAGUCGUCGUUGUACGAACAACGGUAGUGAUAACAACACGGCACUUUUCUCAAUAUAUCUUCGAAAUUUCGCAAUACGUUGUUUACGAAUAAAUCCGAUCAAAUAUUUGCUCUAGAAAACGGUGUAACUUGUAGUGAAUUCUUUUUUCUGUUGUCGUCGAAAACAUGUUGCGCACUUUAAGUGGACGAUUAUUUACAAAACAUUAUAGCAAAUCAAUUGUACAGCAACGCUUUCUUUCCCAUUAUCCGAUUGAUGAGACGAUAUUCGGAUUGAAUGACGAUCAAAUCAGUCUCCGUGAAACUAUUUUUAAUUUUGCGCAAAAAGAACUGGCGCCGCACGCACAAUCCAUUGACCAGAAAAAUGAAUUCAAAGAUUUACGUGCGUUUUGGCGGAAAUUGGGUGAUUUAGGAGCGCUUGGAAUUACUGCCAGCUCAAAAUAUGGUGGAACUGACGCUCAAUACUUGGAUCAUGUCAUUAUUAUGGAGGAACUUUCUCGAGCAUGCGGUAGUAUCGCGUUGUCGUAUGGUGCUCACUCAAAUUUGUGCGUUAAUCAAAUCAAUCGGAAUGGCACCGAAGAACAAAAAAGUAAAUAUUUGCCCAAACUGUGCAGUGGAGAACACAUUGGUGCACUGGCAAUGUCAGAAGCCGGUUCGGGCAGUGAUGUGGUAUCAAUGAAAUUGCGUGCUGAGAAAAAAGGAGAUUACUAUGUGUUCAACGGCUCGAAAUGUUGGAUUACAAACGGGCCCGAUGCAGAUACAUUGGUCGUUUAUGCACGAACCGAUCCAAAUGCAAAAUCGCAACAUGGAAUCACUGCGUUUAUUAUCGAACGGGGUUUCGAAGGUUUUACUAAUGGGCCAAAAUUUGAUAAGCUAGGAAUGAGAGGCAGCAAUACGUCUGAAUUGAUCUUCGAUAAUUGUAAAGUUCCAAGCAAAAAUGUCCUUGGCGAAGUGAACAAAGGGGUGUAUGUUUUAAUGAGCGGUUUGGAUUAUGAAAGGCUAGUACUUGCAGCUGGCCCAGUGGGACUUAUGCAAAGUGCUUGUGAUAUAUCAUUGGACUAUGCGCAUCAACGCAAACAAUUCGGCAAACCGAUCGGCGAGCAACAGUUGAUACAAGGCAAAUUAGCGGACAUGUACACAACGUUGAAUGCAUGUCGAUCUUAUCUAUACGGUGUAGCUCGAUCAUGUGACAGAGGCAAAGCGAAUCCAAAAGACUGUGCUGGUGUGAUAUUGUACUGUGCUGAAGCAGCUACGAGACUAGGAUUAGAUGCUAUUCAAAUACUCGGUGGCAACGGAUACAUCAACGAAUAUCCUGCUGGUCGUAUUAUGCGAGAUGCGAAACUGUAUGAAAUCGGUGCGGGAACGUCGGAGAUCCGUCGAAUGCUUAUUGGCAGAGCAUUGAAUAAAGAAUACGAAGAAUGAAACAACGUGUUUUAGUCGACUCAAAAGUUUUAUUUGUUUUUAUUCUUUUAAUAAAAAACUAUACCGUUUUUAUUCCUAGCCAAAAAAUUGUAGUAACUAACUUCGAAUAAUUAAACGUGGCGGAAAUUUUUUUAGUGUUUUCAAAGUGCAAAGAAUAAGAAAACUGGUGAAAAUUUAACGUCUAAAAUGAUACAAAAUAAAUUGAAAUGCCAACGAAAUAAAAUUUCAAUGGCUGAUUACAUAA